AGUUAACAGAAGAGAAGCUAACAGUUGUACCGAUAAAAUUUUUUUAAUAUUCAGUUUUUAUAAUUAUGUCAGCAAAUAAGGUAAUGGCAGUUUAUUAUUUGUAAAUUUCUAAGAAUAUAUUUGAAGUUACAGUAAAAGAACAGAUAAUAUUAUAACGUAGAUUUGUAAUAAUCUUGUAAUACGAAUAAAAUACUAGUCAUCCAACAACAUGGCUGACAACGUUCCGGUAAAUAGUACAAGUGGAAAAGCUAAAGAACCAAAUCAAGACGGGGAUAAGGAGGAACAGAGUCUUUCAUCCAAACCCAAAAUGAAAAUAUUUGUUAAAACCCCGAAGGAAACAGAAUCAUUUGUCGUUGAUGAAGACUGCACAAUACAAAAGUUGAAAGAAAUGAUACAGAAGAAAUUUAAUGCAGAAUUGAGUCAGUUGUGCCUAAUUUUUGCUGGAAAAAUUAUGAAAGAUAAUGAAACAUUGACUCAGCUUGGAAUCAAAGAUGGCUUCACAAUUCAUUUGGUAAUAAGAGGUGCUCAAAGGCCUGCCAGUACUGCUACAACAACAGAAAAUACUAAUACUCCACCUGCAGAUCCAUAUGGAACUUUUUCCAGAUUCAAUAUGCCAAACCUUGGAAGCCUUGGAAACCUUGGAAACCUUGGAAGUCUUGGAAACCUUGGAAGUCUUGGAAACCUCGGAGGCCUUGGAAGUUUUGGAGGUACAGACGGCCUAGCAGACUUUAGUCGUAUGAACAGACUUCCAAGUAUGGCAAGCAUACAGAAUGAAAUUCUUCAAAAUCCGGAAACAUUGAGAAAUAUUCUAGAUAAUCCUGUUGUACAAGGAUUUCUUAAUGAUCCAGAACACAUGAGAAAUUUGAUGACUAGAAGUCCUCAGAUGCAAGAACUAAUGGAAAGAAAUCCCGAAAUUAGCCAUAUGCUAAAUAAUCCUGACCUGUUAAGACAAACAAUGGAAUUGGCUAGGAAUCCAUCUAUGUUGCAGGAAUUGAUGAGAACUCAUGAUAGAGCUAUUAGUAAUUUAGAAAGUAUUCCUGGAGGUUAUAAUGCUCUACAAAGAAUGUAUCGUGAUAUUCAAGAGCCAAUGCUAUCAGCUACUACAGAACAAUUUAUUAGAAACCCAUUUACUGGAUUAGUAGAUAAUACAUCAACAAGUAAUCCUCAACAAGGUCGUGAAAACACAGAGCCAUUACCCAAUCCAUGGUCACCAUCUCAACCGGCAUCUGGAAACAGAACAACACCCGCUAAUAAUGAUACAAAUCCGUUGGGAGUACCAUCAAUGGCAAGUUUUUUUCAUAACCUUGCAACUGUCAUGGAAGGCGGUAAUCUAGAUGAUCCUGAAAUGCAAUCUUUUCUUAAUAUGUUUGUAGAAGAUCCUGAGUUUUUAGACUCUGUGCUGCCUAGAAAUCCGUACAAUCCUUCCGGAAAUACCCCAUCAGACUUGGGGAACUUAUUGCAAAAUCCGGAUUUGGUUAAUUUACCGUCAAAUCCUGAAGCUGUAAAUGCAUUUAAUCAGAUUCGAGAGGGCAUGGAACUACUUCGUCAAACAGCACCAAAUUUUUUGAAUGCACUUAAUAUUCCAGCAGGAUUUAGACCACCAGCAACAACCACUAACAGCGACAACAGUACUACCAAUACAACCAGCACUGUUAAUAGCACUACUACUGGAACUACCACAACUACAACUUCUUCUAGUGGACGCACUAAUUUACCAGCUACAAAUACUACUGGUUCUCAACCAUUUAAUGUAGAGCUAUUUGCUCGUAUGAUGCAAGGCAUGAACCAAGCGCCUCCAGAAGAGAGAUACCAGGCUCAAUUAGAACAACUCAGGGCAAUGGGUUUUAUGAAUAGAGAAGCAAAUUUGCAGGCAUUAAUUGCUACAUUUGGAGAUGUAAAUGCUGCUGUAGAGCGAUUACUUGCACUGGGGCAGCUCUCUAUGAGUUAACCUUGUAAAGAAUAGAUUCCCAAAAAUAUGUUCCCUCUAUGUUUUAUUUAAUAGUUUAUCCUUGUUUUAAAAUAUAAUUAGAUGGUUUAAUG